ACAGCACUUUGUUUUGUCCAAUAAGAGACGUGCCAAGUGUACGUGAUAAUUUGAUUACUGUUUCCACAUGGAUAAGUCUGUCGUUUUCUGUAUUAUUGUGAUUCUCACAACCUUUCUAAAUAUCAUACAUGCGAAGAAGUAUGACCCAUCAGAUUGCGAAGGUAACAUAAGUGUGCAUUAAGUUCGUUGGCUCCUUCAUCCAGUCACUUGAGCCUGACGAUUUUCAGUCACCACAGAAAAUCAAAGAUGCAUUUAUGAAAAGAUGUGAAACUUCAGUUGGAAAGGAUAAUAGUUUCUGUUAUUACGUUGGCGGCCUUAAAACAUCUGCGGCGAAGACUGUUAAUACUCUAGUUGACCCAAUUUCAUGGAAGAUGCCUGUGGAAAAGAUUUGUGAAAAACUGUUUAAAGUAGACUCUCAAAUCUGUGAUCUUAGAUACGAAAAAGUUGUGGAUCUUAAGGAGUUCAACUUUGAAAAGUCCAAGGUGAGGGAUCUCAAGAAGAUCAUAGAGAAAUGGGGAUUAGAAUGUCGUGGUUGUACUGAAAAAAGAGACUAUAUCAGUUUGAUUAAAAGUAAUAUGCACAAGCAUGAUCCUGAAGCAGCAGCUUUUCUUCAAGCAAGAGGGGAGCUUUGACUUUUUUGAUACGUUUUUAUGUACAAAGUUAUUUAUGAGUUUCUAGUUUUCAUAUAUUCGUUCACUUUAAUGAAAUAUAAUUUUGGUCCUUACUG